CCUGAGGAGGGCGUGGCCUAGGGCUCCGCCCCCUUCCGCGGGCUCAAAUUGCGUGGCGUCCGCGGAGGCGGGGUCAGAGCGCAGCGGCGGAUCCCAGCGCGGCUCCGGGAGGCUGCGGAGCAGCGGCCCAGCUGGGCGCUCAGAACAGACACCAUGGAUUCCUUCAAGGUAGUGCUGGAGGGACCAGCACCUUGGGGCUUCCGGCUGCAAGGGGGCAAGGACUUCAAUGUGCCCCUCUCCAUCUCUCGGCUCACUCCUGGAGGCAAAGCUGCACAGGCUGGUGUGGCCGUGGGAGACUGGGUGCUGAGCAUCGAUGGCGAGAACGCAGGGAACCUCACACACAUUGAGGCCCAGAACAAGAUCCGUGCCUGUGGGGAGCGCCUUAGCCUGGGUCUUAGCAGAGCCCAGCCUGUUCAGAGCAAACCCCAGAAGGCCCUGACCCCUCCCGCCGACCCCCCGAGGUAUACUUUUGCACCAAGCGCCUCCCUCAACAAGACGGCCCGGCCCUUUGGGGCACCCCCACCUACUGACAGCACCCCGCAGCAGAAUGGGUGCAGACCCCUGACAAGUCAACAGUUGCUCAGACAGCUGGUCCCCGAUGCCAGCAAGCAGCGGCUGAUGGAGGACACCGAAGACUGGCGGCCACGGCCGGGGACAGGCCAAUCCCGCUCCUUCCGCAUCCUUGCCCACCUCACGGGCACAGAGUUCAUGCAAGACCCGGAUGAGGAAUACAUGAAGAAGUCAAGCCAGGUGCCCAGGACAGAAGCCCCAGCCCCAGCCCCAGCCUCAGCUAUACCCCAGGAGCCCUGGCCUGGCCCCACCACCCCCAGCCCUACCAGCCGCCCACCCUGGGCCGUGGACCCAGCAUUUGCUGAGCGCUAUGCCCCAGACAAAACUAGCACAGUGUUGACCCGGCAUAGCCAGCCAGCCACACCCACGCCUCUGCAGAACCGCACGUCCAUAGUGCAGGCCGCAGCUGGAGGGGGCGCAGGAGGGGGCAGCAAUAAUGGCAAGACUCCCGUCUGCCACCAGUGCCACAAGAUCAUCCGGGGCCGCUACCUGGUAGCGCUGGGCCACGCAUACCACCCUGAAGAAUUUGUGUGCAGCCAGUGUGGAAAGGUUCUGGAAGAGGGUGGCUUCUUCGAGGAGAAGGGGGCUGUCUUUUGCCCCUCCUGCUAUGAUGUGCGUUAUGCACCCAGCUGUGCCAAAUGCAAGAAGAAGAUCACUGGAGAGAUCAUGCAUGCCCUGAAGAUGACCUGGCACGUGCAUUGCUUCACCUGCGCUGCCUGCAAGACACCUAUUCGCAACAGAGCCUUUUACAUGGAGGAAGGGGCGCCCUACUGCGAGCGAGACUAUGAGAAGAUGUUUGGCACAAAAUGUCGAGGCUGUGACUUCAAGAUUGAUGCUGGAGACCGCUUCCUGGAAGCUCUGGGCUUCAGCUGGCAUGACACAUGCUUUGUUUGUGCAAUCUGUCAAAUCAACCUGGAAGGAAAGACCUUCUACUCCAAGAAGGACAAGCCCCUUUGCAAGAGCCAUGCCUUCUCCCACGUCUGAGCGCCUUCCACAUACUGUUGCCACCCCACCCUGCCUGAGGGGUGAAAAAUCGAGAGUGAUCACCCUCAACAUUUCUGGGUAGGGCUGGCAGUGGUUGUCCCAGCCCCAACUCCUGGCCGGAUCCUGGGGUUCCCUGAAUCCUGUUUCACCUUCUUCACAAUCCCCCUACUUCACUUCCUCCACCACCGUCACUCCCUGGUGCUGGUCGUACUAGGCCUGGUUCCAGUGCCACAAUAAACCUGUAUCUAGC